AAAGUGAAUCGGUUAUUACCGGUGAUUCAGAUACGCCCGAAUGUAUAUCUACGUAACAGGUUCAGAAGAACACAAAGUGAGUCAGUUAUUACCAGUGAUUUAGAUACACCAGAAUAUAUGUCAGAUUCGAGAAAAACACGUGAGUCAGUUAUUACCGACAGCAAUUCAGAUACACCCAAGUAUAUAAUCCACACUUAAGAACAGAAGAGAGUUGGUUUCACCGACGAUUCAGCUUACACAUCCAGAUGUCUUAUUUACCCAACACAAAUUAUUUAAAAAAAACAAAGUGAAUUAGUUUAUUUCCGGCGAUCUUUCCUAUAAAAAAAAAUUUACUACCGACGAUCUAGAUACACCCGAAAGUAUAAUCUAUCGUAAAACGGAAUACGGAAUUACGGAAGUUAAAGAAAAAGAAUAACAGAGUGAGUCGGAAAUUCGGGAUAGAGGUGCGGGAGAGAGGAGACCGAGGGUGUUACAAUUCAGAUUUCAGACACAUAGAAAUAUCGCUGAAAAUGAACUGACAAUUUUCAACACUAAACUCAACACAUCUUUCUCUCUCACUAUAAAAAGCUCCUUUCUCAAGCAUCAACAUCCAGGUGUCCACUGUCGUCUCCCACCUGGACUGCACACUGCGCAACAUACACACUUUCUCUCUCCUCUCUCCGGCAAUGGAGUUAACCACCGAAAAAGGUGGCAACCACCAUUUCAUCAUCCCACCAAUUAUUCCCAUUGACAUGUCAUCCCUAACUCACUCAGAACUCCACUCUCUCUCUCUCCUCUCCUCUUCUACCCCAUCAAACGACACCGUUUCCAAUUCCGCCGCUAAAUUCUACAUCAACCCAUCUCAAAGCACCCACCAACAAACCUACUCUCUCUCUCCUCACCCUCGCCGCCACCGUUUCUCUCUCCUCAACAAGGAACGUUUCGAAUCAAACAUGAUCGUUUCCUGCCUUAAGAAACGCCUCCAAUUUGACGAUUCUGCCCCUGAUGGUGGGCCCCACAAGAGGAGGAAGGAGAAUGAGAAUGCGACGGUUGAGAUUGUUAAUAGAAAUGGGGUGGUCGUCGACUUGGCGGCGCUUGAGGAGAGAGAAAAUGACGGCGGUCCAUUUGCGGAGGAGUUGAGGAAGAUGGCGGAAGGAAGAGUAAAACAGGAGGAAUUGUUGGAGGUUUUGGGUGCCAUUGAAGGUGAUUGGUGUAGUAGAAGGAAGAAAAGAAGGGUGGUUGACGCUUCUUUGUUAGGCGACGCUUUGCCUGUUGGUUGGAAAAUUAUCGUCGCUUUGCGUCGCAAGGGUGGUCAAUUUUUCCCUUAUUGUCGUCGUUACCUCAGUCCAACAGGAGAACAACUUUCAUCUUGCAAGGAGGUAUCAUCGUAUCUACAAUCUUAUUUUGGGAUAAAUGAUGCUAAACUUGUGAGGGACAUUAGGGGUGAAUCUCAGCAACUUCAAAUAGUAGAUUCAGUCAAUCAUAUGUGCAUGAUCUCUGAGGAUGGCAACUCCAUGAUGGACCUUUCAAAUUCACCUCUACAUAGUGUAUGUUUACCUACUGAACAUGAGACGGAUGCUUUACUUUUGGGCAUCGAGAAUCUACCAGAUGUUCGGAUAUGUGACUUAUAUGAAUGUCGCUCAUGUAAUGUAAGUUUUGAUGAAAGGGAUAAAUAUAAGCAGCACAUGUUCACGCUUCACCGAAAGACAACAAAGAGAUACAGUGUCGAUAUACAUCUGGAAGAUAAAGUAGUAAAAGAUGGAAAAACUGAAUGCCAGCAUCUGGACAAUAAAGUAAUUGUUAAAGAUGGAAAAACCAACUGCCAGCAUGUGGAUGAUAAAGUUAUUGUAAAAGAUGCAAAAAGUGACUGCAAGAAGAAGAGGAGACGUAAACUUGGAUUAUCCGUGUCAGAUGGAGUAAUAAUGAAAGAUGGAAAAUAUGGGUGCCAAUUUUGUACUAAAGUAUUUGAAGAAAGGCGCCGCUAUCUAGGCCAUGUAGGAAAUCAUGUUAAGGGCUCUAUCGAAACACCCAAGGAUUUACUUAUUCAUUUGAAUGGCCAUGCAAGGGCUCCUUGCAUGGAGAGUUUGCCCUCCGGCAUCAGCAACCCAGGAGUGGAUGCUUUGGUUGAAAUUACUCAAAGUUCAAAUCAGCCCAACAAUAGUCCGGUGUUUGUGAAAGAGCAUUCCGGUGUAAAUAAUGUUGAUCAGUUUAUUGUGGCUUACAAUAUGCAACAAACUGAUCAAAUGUCUAAAAGCAACUCUUGCCAAGAUGAAGUAACUAUGGGAAAACACUGCAGUAAAGGAAAAUCUUUUACUGGAGAGUUGUAUCGCCGCUGUAAGAUGGUGAGUGGUAAGUCAAGUGCUUGUCCUAAUGAUACCCUAAGGGGAAAUGGUUCUGAGGAAGGUAAACUGUCAUCCAAAGAAUUGCAUCCAUCAUGCAAUAGAGUUCGUGAGAUGUCAGUGACUGAUGCAAAUGCCAAUCACUUAGAUUCUUCGAUAGGUGAUCAUGAAGGGGAGGACAUUGGUGAAGACAAAAUUUUGUCCUUAGAAAAUCCACAGGGUAAGACGGGAGAAAUACCUAGGGCUGACGUAGAUAUCAACGUUCCAGCAACUUGUCCUGAUGAACGUGAAAUAGAAAAGGCUGUAAAAAAAGAUGAAACUUUGUCUAUGAAGAUAAAUCCACUUGCUAAAAUGAACAAGAUAUCCAUUGUCGACGGAGAGAUAAAGCGGCAGCCUUUUAUCCGCAAUAUAGUAUCUUCUGAGAAGAAUUCUUGCUUUGAAACAACAAUGACACCUGCUGCUGAAAGUGGCAUUGCUGAAAAAGUCAGUUGCAAUGGUAGAUGCAAUAAUACCGCUGCUGACGAUGAGGAUUUGCUUAAUAUCCAUCCUUUAUGGUGCAAUGAGAAAUCUUCUGAUUAUGAUUCUUCUGGCAAAAAGACUCAGCUGGGUGUACAUAUGACCGAGCCCAAACAUGCACAAAAUUAUGACAGUGAUCUUGUUACUAUUUCUGGUAAAAAUCAUGAGUCGAACUGUACAGUGCCUCAAGUACCAGCGAAUUCUUCAUCAACAUUUGACGAGAUAUUUGAAAAGGCUGGACAAGAUAUAUGCAGUCUUGAUCAGAAUCUUGAAAGUGUGCAUGGGCUUGAGUACUUGAAGUUGGAUGUCAUAGAACCUCAGAUGUACAAGUACAAUGAUAUGAGCCGAGAAGAUUCCAUUUCCUUCUAUGAUGUAUCUAUGGAUCUGGGAAAUAAUAUAGGUAUAGGUUUAGGACUAGGACUUGAUGACCCUCUAAAAUCUCAAUCAGAAUUUCCUCAAGAAUUGGCUCGCAGUUGUCUGACUACAACUGUUUGUGUCUGGUGCGGGGUAGAGUUCUCUCAUGAGAUCGCUGACAUUGAACCACAAGUCCACAACCAGACUCAGGACCUGUUCUCAUACAUCAAUGCAAGGAUUGGAAGCGAAUCUUUGAACCCUGAUCAAGUUACAGCAUUGGAAGCGAUCCUUUCUCUUAAGCAGACACAGGCACAGCAGGAGGCAUACGAUGAAGAUGACAAACCUACCGGUGGCCAUAGGGUCCACUAUGAGAUAGGAGAUUUUAUUCCUGUUUUUCGUGGAGAUAGUGAGGAUGAAACCGUACUAGAUAUUGUGGCAUACCUUCAUAGAGGGGAUCUUGAGAUGUAUGAAAAUCUUGAUGAGUUCACUCCAUUACAUGUUAACCUCGUCAUUGAUGAGUUGGGCUAUAAUCAAAAUGAUGUGUUGGACUUUUGGUUCAGUAUGAGAAGAUAUUUGACCGUCACUAGGAACUUCAAAGAAUUCAUGACAUUUAUGUCAAGGAUUUUGUUGAUAACCGAUGAAGCUACGUAG